UCUAGCUAUAUACAGAAUGGGAAGAUCCCCUUGCUGCGAUGAGAAUGGCCUCAAGAAAGGACCAUGGACUCCGGAGGAAGAUGAGAAGCUUGUUCAGUACAUUCAGAAACAUGGCCAUGGAAGUUGGAGAGCUCUUCCCAAGCUAGCAGGUCUGAAUAGAUGUGGAAAAAGCUGUAGGCUAAGGUGGACCAAUUAUUUACGGCCUGACAUCAAGAGAGGCAAUUUUUCUGAAGAAGAAGAGCAAACCAUACUGCAUCUCCAUUCCAUCCUUGGAAACAAAUGGUCGGCAAUUGCAUCCCAUCUUCCGGGCAGGACUGAUAACGAGAUCAAGAAUUUCUGGAACACACAUCUAAAGAAGAAGUUAAUUCAGAUGGGUUUUGAUCCAAUGACCCACCAGCCACGAACAGAUCUUGUUUCCACCUUGCCGUAUCUGCUAGCUCUGGUCAACAUGACAGACAUUAUGGAUCACCACCACCUUCCUGCUUGGGAUGAUCAGGCUGUGAAACUUCAAGCAGAGGCAGUUCAGUUGGCAAAGCUUCAAUAUUUAAACUCCUUACUCCAACCCACGACUUCCUUGAACACCACCAACUCCUGCGACCAAAAUGGCUUCACCACAAGCAUGGAUACUAUCAAUUUGUUAAAUUCAAUGGCUGAUUUGAAAGAGAACCCAGGUAUGAACUACCCACAGUUGAAUAAUCCAGGCUCAUUAGCUUCUCAACCACUCCACCAUCACCCCACCAUGUUAUCUCACAUGCCAGACCCACCACAAGUCCCUUUCCGCUCCCAAUCAUGUUUGAAUAGUGAUCAGGGUCAAGGUACAAACUUUACAAUGAUUAGUCAAGGGGAUCAUACGACACCUGAUUUUGAAUCUUCAUCAAUAUUGCCAUCUAUGCCCCCUCUGGUUGGAGAUGCCACCAGCAGCUCUUCUAGCUAUGGAGGAAUUUCCUCGUCUUAUUGGUCUGAACUAUUUUUCGAGGACCCUAUUACGCAUGAGCUAUCUUAGUAUUUCGUUUCUGGAUCUGAGAUAUGCAUUAUGCUGUGUGUUAACUAGUACGUACGUACGUAUGCCUUCAUUGUUUGCUUAUCGCAAUACUUGCAUAUAUAGACUUUAAAGUCUCUCUCUUUAUGUACAUACAUAUAUAUAUUCAUCUAUAUAUAUGUGAGCAUACUAAUGCAUGUAUAUGUGAGCAUAUUAAUGCAUGUUUUUGUACAUACAGCUUUCGGACAAUUCAUCGAGUUAGU